AUGUAUAGACAAAUACCUUUAUCUGUUGCGUUCAGUAGUGAAAACUCUGACGUCAAAAUAAAGGGGAACAGAGUAACGUUUAAGUUUCCAACAGACUGGAUUGUGAACAUAAAUGAAGAGAAGUACAUUGGCAUAACAUCUAUGUAUAUAACACGUGCAUUUAGGAAAGUUGACUUUAUACUUCAAGUCGAGAUAGAAAAUGACGAACAGUCUUUAAGCGCCCAAAACAUUCACAUAUACAAAUACUUUAAAGAUGAUACAACAUUGCAACAAUGUAUGAUUUCAUUUAAUGAGAUGUUCGAGAAAAAGUUCAACAUUGAAGUACAAACUUUACAGCCUUUACGUGAGUUUCUUGCACAACUGAAAGAAGAAGGUAGUCAGCCACAACUUAUAGACUUUCAUUAUGAAUUUAAUGAAAAUGAAGAUGGAACACAUGACUGUCAGUUUGUUGUAUUCUCACCAUUCAAUGAAGUAGCUAAAGAGAAAGAAAAUCCAUUACGUAUAAGAUUUCAAAUCUCUGAACCAAGUGAUGAUUUCAAGAAUGUUUUCAAUUAUGAUGCAAUGCUUCCGAGGAAAAAUGAAUUUUCAAAGAUUGUAACACCUGGCAUUUGGGAUAGAAAGCAAGCUAUAUUAUAUUCAAACUUAA